UGGAGAAAUCCCGAGCCAUUCGCCAGGCCAAAGAUGAGAGGACCUUCCACAUCUUCUACCAGCUGCUGGCAGGGGCUGGAGAGCACCUCAAAUCCGAUCUGCUCCUGGAGGGGCUCAAUAGCUACCGCUUCCUGUCCAACGGAAACAUUCCCAUCCCCGGCCAGCAGGACAAGGACAACUUCCAGGAGACCAUGGAGGCCAUGCACAUCAUGAGCUUCUCCCACGACGAGAUCCUGGCCAUGCUGAAGGUGGUGUCCUCAGUGCUGCAGUUUGGGAACAUCGUGUUCAAGAAGGAGAGGAACACAGACCAGGCCUCCAUGCCUGAGAACACAGCUGCCCAGAAGCUGUGCCACCUGCUGGGCUUGAACGUGAUGGAGUUCACCCGCGCCAUCCUCUCCCCGCGAAUCAAGGUCGGCAGGGACUACGUCCAGAAAGCACAGACCAAAGAGCAGGCGGACUUCGCCGUGGAGGCCCUGGCCAAGGCCACCUACGAGAGGCUGUUCCGCUGGCUGGUACACCGCAUCAACAAGGCCCUGGACAGGACCAAGCGCCAGGGCGCCUCCUUCAUCGGCAUCCUGGACAUCGCCGGGUUCGAGAUCUUCCAGCUGAACUCCUUUGAGCAGCUGUGCAUCAACUACACCAACGAGAAGCUGCAGCAGCUGUUCAACCACACCAUGUUCAUCCUGGAGCAGGAGGAGUACCAGAGGGAGGGCAUCGAGUGGAGCUUCAUCGACUUCGGCCUGGACCUGCAGCCUUGCAUCGACCUCAUCGAGAGGCCGGCGAACCCCCCUGGCGUGCUGGCCCUGCUGGACGAGGAGUGCUGGUUCCCCAAGGCCACGGAUAAGACCUUCGUGGAGAAGCUGGUGCAGGAGCAGGGCACCCACCCCAAGUUCCAGAAACCCAGGCAGCUGAAGGACAAGGCCGACUUCUGCAUCAUCCACUACGCCGGCAGGGUGGACUACAAGGCCGACGAGUGGCUGAUGAAGAACAUGGACCCCCUGAACGACAACGUGGCCACGCUGCUCCAUCAGUCCACCGACAAGUUCGUGGCGGAGCUGUGGAAGGACGUGGACCGCAUCGUGGGCCUGGACCAGGUGGCCGGGAUGAACGAGACCGCCUUCGGGGCGACCUACAAGACCAAGAAGGGCAUGUUCCGCACGGUGGGGCAGCUGUACAAGGAGUCCCUCACCAAGCUGAUGGCCACCCUGAGGAACACCAACCCCAACUUCGUCCGCUGCAUCAUCCCCAACCACGAGAAAAGGGCGGGUAAGCUGGACCCGCACCUGGUCCUGGACCAGCUGAGGUGCAACGGUGUUCUGGAGGGGAUCCGCAUCUGCAGACAGGGCUUCCCCAACCGCAUCGUCUUCCAGGAGUUCAGACAGAGGUAUGAGAUCCUCACCCCCAACGCCAUCCCCAAGGGCUUCAUGGACGGCAAGCAGGCCUGUGAGAGGAUGAUCCGAGCCCUGGAGCUGGACCCGAACCUGUUCCGGAUCGGCCAGAGCAAGAUCUUCUUCCGGGCCGGGGUCCUGGCCCACCUGGAGGAGGAGCGGGACCUGAAGAUCACCGACAUCAUCAUCUACUUCCAGUCCGUGUGCCGCGGCUACCUGGCGCGCAAAGCCUUCGCUAAGAAGCAGCAGCAGCUCAGUGCCCUGAAGGUGCUGCAGAGGAACUGCGCAGCCUACCUGAAACUGCGCCACUGGCAGUGGUGGAGGCUCUUCACCAAGGUGAAGCCACUGCUCCAGGUGACCCGGCAGGAGGAGGAGAUGCAGGCCAAGGAUGAGGAGCUGAUCAGGGUGAAGGAGAAGCAGAGCAAGGUGGAGGGAGAGCUGGUGGAGAUGGAGAGGAAGCACCAGCAGCUGACGGAGGAGAAGAACAUCCUGGCGGAGCAGCUGCAGGCGGAGACGGAGCUGUUCGCGGAGGCGGAGGAGAUGCGCGCCCGCCUGGCCGCCAAGAAGCAGGAGCUGGAGGAGAUCCUGCACGACCUGGAGUCCCGCGUGGAGGAGGAGGAGGAGCGGAACCAGAGCCUGCAGAACGAGAAGAAGAAGAUGCAGUCGCACAUCCAGGACCUGGAGGAGCAGCUGGAUGAGGAGGAGGCCGCCCGGCAGAAGCUGCAGCUGGAGAAGGUGACGGCUGAAGCCAAGAUCAAAAAGAUGGAGGAGGACAUCCUGCUCCUGGAGGACCAGAACUCCAAGUUCAUUAAGGAGAAGAAACUUCUGGAGGACCGAGUGGGCGAGAUCACCUCCCUGCUCGCCGAGGAGGAGGAGAAGGCCAAGAACCUGGGCAAGCUGAAGAACAAGCAGGAGAUGAUGAUGGUGGACCUGGAAGAGCGUCUGAAGAAGGAGGAGAAGACGAGGCAGGAGCUGGAGAAGGCCAAGAGGAAGCUGGACGCCGAGACCACGGACCUGCAGGACCAGAUCGCCGAGCUGCAGGCCCAGAUCGAGGAGCUCAAGGUCCAGCUGGCCAAGAAGGAGGAGGAGCUGCAGGCUGCACUGGCCAGGGGCGACGAGGAGGCGGCGCAGAAGAACAACGCGCUGAAGCAGGUGCGGGAGCUGCAGGCGCAGCUGGCCGAGCUGCAGGAGGACCUGGAGUCGGAGAAGGCCUCGCGCAACAAGGCCGAGAAGCUGAAGAGGGACCUGGGGGAGGAGCUGGAGGCGCUGAAGACCGAGCUGGAGGACACGCUGGACACCACCGCCGCGCAGCAGGAGCUCAGGACCAAGCGGGAGCAGGAAGUGGCUGAGCUGAAGAAGGCCAUCGACGAGGAGACCAAGAACCACGAGUCCCAGAUCCAGGAGAUGCGGCUGAGGCACUCCACUGCGCUGGAGGAGCUGUCCGAGCAGCUGGAGCAGGCCAAGAGGUUCAAGUCCAACCUGGAGAAGAACAAGCAGACCCUGGAGAGCGACAACAAGGAGCUGGCGGUGGAGGUGAAGGGGCUGCAGCAGGUCAAGGCCGAGUCGGAGCACAAGAGGAAGAAGCUGGAGGCGCAGCUGCAGGAGAUCAUGGCCAGGGUGACGGAGGGCGAGCGGUCCAAGAGCGAGCUGGUGGAGCGCACCCACAAGCUGCAGGCGGAGUUGGACAACGUGUCGGCCCUGCUGGAGGAGGCUGAGAAGAAGGGAAUCAAACUGGCCAAGGACGCCUCCAGCCUGGAGAGCCAGCUGCAGGACACCCAGGAGCUGCUGCAGGAGGAGACGCGUCAGAAGCUGAACCUGAGCAGCCGCAUCCGACAGCUGGAGGAGGAGAAGAGCGGCCUGCAGGAGCAGCAGGAGGAGGAAGAGGAGACGCGCAGGAACCUGGAGAAGCAGCUGGCCAGCCUGCAGGCCCAGCUGGUUGAGACCAAGAAGAAGCUGGAGGAUGACGUGGGGGUGAUGGACGGUCUAGAGGAGGCGAAGAGGAAGCUGCAGAAGGACAUGGAAUGCACCUCCCAGAGGCUGGAGGAGAAGGCCAUGGCCUUCGACAAGAUGGAGAAGACCAAGAACCGCCUGCAGCAGGAGCUGGACGACCUGAUGGUGGACCUGGACCAUCAGAGGCAGAUCGUCUCCAACCUGGAGAAGAAGCAGAAGAAGUUUGACCAGAUGCUGGCGGAGGAGAAGAGCAUCUCGGCUCGCUACGCGGAGGAGCGGGACCGGGCGGAGGCGGAGGCCCGGGAGAAGGACACCAAGGCCCUGUCCAUGGCCCGCGCCCUGGAGGAGGCUCUGGAGGCCAAGGAGGAGUUCGAGAGGCUCAACAAGCAGCUCCGCGCCGAGAUGGAGGACCUCAUGAGCUCCAAGGACGACGUGGGGAAGAACGUGCACGAGCUGGAGAAGUCGAAGCGCACCCUGGAGCAGCAGGUGGAGGAGAUGCGCACGCAGCUGGAGGAGCUGGAGGACGAGCUGCAGGCCACGGAGGACGCCAAGCUGCGGCUGGAGGUCAACAUGCAGGCCAUGAAGGCGCAGUUCGACAGGGACCUGCUGGCCCGCGACGAGAUGGGAGAGGAGAAGAAGAGACAGCUGGUCAAACAGGUGAGGGAGAUGGAGGCGGAGCUUGAGGACGAGCGCAAGCAGAGGGCGCUGGCCGUGGCCGCCAAGAAGAAGAUGGAGAUGGACCUCAAAGACCUGGAGGCUCAGAUCGAGGCAUCGAACAAGGCCCGGGACGAAGCCAUCAAACAGCUGCGCAAGCUCCAGGCCCAGAUGAAGGACUAUCAGAGGGAGCUGGAGGAAGCCCGCGCCUCCCGCGACGAGAUCUUCACCCAGUCCAAGGAGAACGAGAAGAAGCUGAAGAGCCUGGAGGCCGAGAUUCUGCAGCUGCAGGAGGACCUGGCGGCCUCAGAGAGGGGCCGGCGCCAUGCUGAGCAGGAGCGGGAUGAGCUGGCCGACGAAAUCUCCAACAGCGCCUCUGGGAAGUCCGCGCUGCUGGAUGAGAAGCGGAGGCUGGAGGCGCGGAUCGCCCAGCUGGAGGAGGAGCUGGAGGAGGAGCAGAGCAACAUGGAGCUGCUCAACGACCGCUUCCGCAAGACCACCAUGCAGGUGGACACCCUGAACACGGAGCUGGUGGGCGAGCGCAGCGCGGCCCAGAAGAGCGAGAACGCUCGGCAGCAGCUGGAGCGCCAGAACAAGGAGCUGAAGCUGAAGCUGCAGGAGCUGGAGGGCUCCGUCAAGUCCAAGUUCAAGGUCACCAUCGCCGCCCUGGAGGCCAAGAUCCUCCAGCUGGAGGAGCAGCUGGAGCAGGAGGCCAAGGAGAGAGCCGCUGCCAACAAGAUCGUGCGCCGCACGGAGAAGAAGCUGAAGGAGGUGUUCAUGCAGGUGGAGGAUGAGCGUCGCCAUGCCGACCAGUACAAGGAGCAGAUGGAGAAGGCAAACUCCAGGAUGAAGCAGCUGAAGAGGCAGCUGGAGGAGGCGGAGGAGGAGGCCACCCGCGCCAACGCCAACCGCAGGAAGCUGCAGCGGGAGCUGGAGGACGCCACCGAGGCCAGCGAGGGCCUGAGCCGCGAGGUGCACACGCUGAAGAACCGCCUCAGGCGCGGCGGGCCAAUCAGCUUCUCCUCCAGCCGCUCGGGCCGCCGGCAGCUGCAGGUGGAGGGCGCCUCGGUCGAGCUGUCGGACGACGACGCCGACAGCAAGGCCAGCGACGUCAACGAGACGCAGGCGUCGCCGGCCGAGUAGAGCGGCCCCCGGGACCCACCCCCCAAACA